AUGGAAACCAGAAAUCAAGAUGAUCUGAAGACACUUGAUUUCUCGAGUAUCUUUGUCGAAUCCUUCGAAAUCACCCUCAUCCAUCGAAAACUCUUCACCACCAAACUCUUACCCGCAUCCUCUCUUCUCUCCUUCCUUUUCAUGGCUCAAACUCCAGUCUUCUGGCUUUUGCCCUCUGGAUCAAGCCUUCUAAACUUCAAUCGCAGCGGCGAAAACUCGGAUCUUGCCUUUUGGGUCUUCGCAGCGGCUUACUACUCAAUUUCAAUGGUCUUAUUGCUCUUCCCGAUAUCGGUGGUCGUGUUCACAGUUGCAUGGAUUUACACUCAUCCCCAGAAGAUCGGCUUCAAGAUAAUCAUGGGUGUGCUCCCAAAACUUUGGAAGAAAUUAAAUAUCACAUUUAUAUGGGCCAGCGUUAUAAUUUUAGCUUACCUCCUUGUUGCAUGGUCGACUUUGAAUGCACGGGUCAUCAUUGAGAAUGCAAUUCUUUUCGCUGCUCUAUCGAUCCCGUACGCUCUAGGGUUCAUGUACAUAAUCAUGGUUUGGAACAUGGCCAAUGCUGUUUCUGUGCUAGAAGAUGUUUAUGGGAUUAAAGCCAUAAUGAAGGGUAAUGCUUUGGUUAAGCAUAACAUCGGGACCGUGGUAUGGGUCUUCUCCGUGUAUGUUUAUUUCUAUAUGGUGCUGCAGCUGCCGAUUCAACUCUUCGUUGUGCUCGGCAAUGUGAGAGAAAGAGUGCUUCAUAUAGCACUUGGAGUGACAUGCUUCUUGUUGAUGUCAAUGGUUAUUCUCUUUGGAUACGUCGUUGUUAGUGGUCUGCCCUAG